AUCAGUUUUUGAAAACUCAUGAUGAAACUACUUCAGAAUCGAAUCAUGAUAAAAUAGAGAAGGAUUUGUACUCUAAUGAAGAAUUAGAAAAUACAAGCGAUGAGAACACCACAUCUACAGAUCCUAAUAAAUCUCUUUCAAUGGCCUUAAAUGAUCUUGUUAAGAAACUCCAACAGUGUUGUAAAUGCAAAAAAAAAUGUGAUAAAAAAGCAUUAUUAGAAUCUUUGACAUUAGAAAAAAAUAAAAUUAGAAGUUAUCAGCUUCCUCAUUUUGAAUGUAAAUUAAUGUUACCCAAACCUUAUGGUAAUACUGGUCGUCAGCCUAAAAAUAUCUUAUUUAUUGAAACAGCUAAUAAAGCUAGAUUUUUUAUUAAAUCAUUUAGUGACCAACAUGGUGAAAAACAGGCUGUUCGAAAAUAUAUAUGUAAAAAAAAAGAUGAGCAAAUAACUGUAAAUUAUGAAAAAGAUGAUGUUAUUCUUUUACCAUCUCAUUAUUCUUAUAGUCAUCUUCUUGAUCUUUACAAUUUAAUAAACCCAGAAAACCUUAUUAAUAGCUACGUAUAUGAUGAAUGCAUUUUAUACAAACGUGCAUUAAAAGAAAGUAGCAAUCAUGUAAAUGAAGAUCUUGAUAAGCAAUUAAUAACUCAUGUAUCAGAUUAUCAGGAAUUAAAAGAGGUCUAUGAAAAUGAUAUACAAAAAGCAAAAAGCAGUAACCGUUCUUCUUUUCGU